AUGUGGCAGCAGAAGAGGCAGAGGCACACCCAUCACGGUCAGGACAGUCAUAACUCUGGGGACCAAGAGGAAAACAGCGAAGACAUCGCAAAAAGAAGAGUGCUAGAUUUGUCAGCAGAGGUAGUCAUCGAAGUGUCCUCAGAAGAAGAACAGAAGGAAGACGAUGACGAUGGUGAUGACGGUGAUGAUGAGGAUGGAUGUCGCAACAGAGCAACCCUUGGGAAAAGGCUGAAUAAGAAAACAUCCGACGGAAAGAAUAAGGCUCUAAAAUACGUGGAUUCUAUGGAUGACCAGUUAUCCGAAUCCCUCUCUGAGGACGAUGAUUUGCCUGAUUAUGACAACAUACUGAUGAUAGUUAACCAACUUCAAAUGAACUAUAAAGAUUCUGGGAAACCAUUGGAAAUCCAGGACGCAGUUCAAUCGUAUAAAAUGAUAAUGGAACGGAACCAAAGUCACUCAGAAUUGCUUCUCGAGAAAAGUAAGAGCAAGAGAAACCAAGGUAGCGAAGCGCUGAAGAAGCCACGAGGGACGGAAAAGGCAGAACUGCAACUCGGAAGCAAAAACGAAGAGCAGCAGCUAGAUCUCCCUGAUGUGGGAUCGGCUGAAAAACAAGAAGUGCAACAAAGAAAUGCUGAUAGUUGCUAUGAAAAAAUGAAGAAACAAUUAACUGAAAGGGAGCAGCAGUACACAAGAGAAAAGCAACAAUUUGAACUGCGCCUCAAAGCACAAGAUAUGGAGUUGCAGCGUCUCAGAAAUGAUAUAAAUAAGUUGAAAGAAGCACAGCGUCCAGAGACAGAGGCCGAACACGGCGACAGCAAGACGAAGGAACACCUGCAAAAGAUUGAACAUGAAGUUUCCAAGUUAGUAGAAACCAUCAAAAAGCAAACAGAGACAAUAGAACAGCUUGAGAGAAAACCACCAAGUGAGGAUAAAACAUUGGUAGGAACUGGCAAUCUGACACAAGCAGGACAAGAGUUCCUCAAUGCUAACAGAGAAAUGUAUACUACUUCAGUGAUGAACCAGCUGGAACUCAGAAUUCAACAUUUGGAAAGGGCAUUCUCUGAAAUGAAGGCCCAAGCACGUGAGGAUGAUAUGGUGCUGGAAAAGUAUAUCAAAAUUUUUCAGUCACAUAAACUGAUGGAGACUGAAGCUAAGCUGAAGGAGGUCAAGACCCAGUUCGUCUUGCUGAAUCAGCACAACACAGCAUUACUCAGCAUGCUGAGCUCCGCGAUUGCGGCCGAGGGCCCCCGCAUGGCAAAUUUUCACAGGGAACUGGCACGCCUCUUUACCCAAGAGAACACGCUGAUUCCCACUGCAGGCCCGCAGCCUUCAAAUCAGGCCGUAACUGCUCACCUGGAUGCGCUUGUGGAUGACAAUAAAGAUUUCAAUAAAGCACUCACCAUUCUGUCUCCACAGCCCGAGCUGCAUCAAAAAAGGAAAUGUCUGGAAUCGGCUAAAGAGAAAACUCCUAGUAAAAACUGUUUUAAACCACCAAAAACAUCAACUGUGUAUGAAAAUGGAGAUCAUAGUUUCUCUGAACUUUCAAAUGCAAGGCAAUUUGAAGUGAAUAUUCCAACUGAUGAACCACAACGUAAGAUAACAAGAGAAGACCAGGAAACUUUCGAUACUGUACUAGGGAACCACAAUGGCUUGUUCAUAAGCCCGUGGGAAUUCAGGUGUACAAAUCUGGAAUCUGAACACUCAGACGGAACAACUCAUCUGGACUUAUAUAAAGCAGAACCAAAACAGUGUAAGGAUCCCUGUCUAGAAUGGGUAGCAAUGACGAAUUCAUCAUCUCAAGGACGACGAAGGUCUAAGCACAGACAAGAUAGGUCCAUGAGGAGGAAAUUUAAUAAAGUGGAGGCUUAUAGUUCUGCACUGAAUAUGUGCGUGAUGAGCUCUGCCCCAGGGUUUGAAUCUGGACAACUCUACAACAGUUUGGGAUACAGUAGAGAUUUCCUGCAAAGGGAACCCUUGAUGACAAGCUCGAGGUCACAGCCCUUUGAGAGCUCAUUGAGCUACCUAAACAGGGGAAGAAAAGAAAAUCCACAAACUUCUUAUGACAACGUAGGAAACCAUAAGGCCUCACACAUAAAGUCACAGAUAUCCACAGUUUCAAACCUGCAGUCCAAAUGCCCAGAAUUAACUCAUCAAACCUCAUAUAACGCAGAACCAAACCACUAUGAGGAUCCAUAUCCUGAAAGGAUAGAAAUGACAAAGCUGUUGACUUAUGACCAACUAAGGUCUAAGGACAGGAGAAAUGAGUCCAUGAGGAGGAAUGUUGAUAAAAUGGAGGCUUAUAGUUCUGUGCCGAACAUGUUUACAAAGACAAGCCCUGCUCCAGGGUUUGGAUCCGAACAACCCUACAGCAGUUUAGAACACAGCAUGCAAAGAGAAGCCACGAAGCCAAGCUCCAGGCCAUGGCACUUUAUGGAGAGUCUGGAUAGCUACCUAAGCAGGACUUGGCAGCAAUUAUAUGACCAGUCCUAGAGAAGACAAAGAUGGCAAGCUUCUGAA